UAAGAGUGUUUUGUCUGGCCAGUUGGUAAAUGAUGGGUCUGAAAAGUAUAAAAUUCACAGUUCGAGGCGAAAAAACUAAUUUUAUUGUAUUUAAUUAUAAUGAUAUGAAAAUAAUUAAUUAACGUAUCAAGUCACGUCUUAUUACACCUCUGAUGCUCAGUUGUAUCUACUCAUCUAAGUCCAAACGGUGAUAUCUGAACCCCUAGGGGGACUCUUGUCGAGUUUGUUGUUCGGCAUUUCUUCUGUUCGUGAGAAGUGUCGACAGGUUUUGAGAGUUUCAGGAUGGCUUUCAGGAUAUUGAGAGCCUGUGGAGCUCUUGCUGGACCCAGGGUGUCCUUCAACAUCCCCAAAACUGGAGUGCAGAGGGGCUUUCCAGAGAAUCAAUGUCUCCUGGAAACGAUUAAUGAAAGGACUCCAGUGACGAGUUUUGUCCGGGAAGUGUCGUUCUUCAAUGAGUAUCCUGCUGAUCACCUUUGGAAGUCAGCGACCCAUGUGAGCAAUGCAGGAAGAAAGAGAGGUCGUGCAAAGUCCCGAAGAGUCAUAAAAAAUCUGAAUAGGGGACAAAUCAUUGGAGUUGGUAAGAAGAAUAUGCUGUGGCCAGGGUUGAAUGCCCCAAUUCUGAGGGGCAAGGAGCUGGUGUACCAACAGAAACUACCGGAGAAUCUUGAAUACGAGAAGAAAAUUUUCGCUGCCAGAGAUGCCAUAGUCAAAAAAAGGAGGGUCAAACUUUCACCCCUGGAAAGAGGGUGGACUGGUGCUAAGCCUGGAGGGAGGAGUAUUGGACCUCCUGAUCCUAUUGGUGAAGAGAAUUUCGAGGGCUUUGACACGCGAAUCCUCGAGUACAAAUUGGUAUCCGUUAUGACUGGUAACAUGGGUAGGAAGCGAAGAGUCAGUACAAUGGUGAUAACAGGAAAUGGAAAUGGUCUUGUUGGAUUUGCCCUCGGUAAAGCGCCCGAGGGUCGAGCUGCACUGAAGAUGGCGAAAAAUCGAGCUGCCAUGAAGCUCAUGUACAUUAACAGGUACAAGGAGCACACUGUGUUUCAUGAUUUCUUUUGUCAAUUCGGGAAGACAAAGAUUUUUGUCUCGAAGAAGGCAGAGGGCUACGGAUUGGUCUGUCACAGGGCGAUCAAGACCUGUUGUGAAAUUGUCGGGAUAAAAAAUCUUUAUGCCAAGGUCGAGGGAUCUCACCGUCUCCAGCAUAUCAUCAAAGCCUUUUUCGUCGGAUUACUACAACAGAAAUCACAUGAACAAUUAGCUGAAGAAAAACAGCUUCACCUAGUAGAGUUCAGGGCAGAAAACGGCAAUUACCCUGUGGUGGUAGCCUCCCCCUCAAUUGUAAGAAAACCCGAAGAAAUUCCUUCUACUGAAGUUUUGGACUUCACUCAGUACGUAAUGGAUGGCAGAGUUGUCUACAAAAAGAAGAAGUUUCCACCAUUCUACACUCGUGAUUUAUCAUGGACUAUUCGUCUGCGAAAGACCGCGUAUUUGAGGAAUAAAGAGGAAGUGAGGACUCGACUUUACGCUGAGCAUGGGGAACUAAGGAGUUUCUUGUCGGAUAAAUACCCUGAGGCCAAGGGGCCGAUAUUCAGUGAAAUGAGAAAAAAAUGGCUUGAAGCACAACAGAAAGAGGAGUAAAUCGAUAUAAUUGUGUAUAUAAUGAAUGUUAUAAAUAAAAAAAAAGUUUUCCGUAA